AUGUACAAGGGAUCUCCUAGAAACGCGAAGCCUGCCGUACUUCGUUCCUACGACUCGAGAAAAGAACCAGCCCCUGAAUUCGACUGCACCAUCUGGCAAGCAGGCCGAGCCACCUGCGCCAUCGGACUUGCCUUCAAGCCCAUACAGAUUGGCCAGUCUGUUUUCCAUGACGAUGGCGUUGGCGUCUUCAACCCCUCCAUGUACGCCCUGGAUGAGGCGGUGGUCAACGAGUGGCCCGGACGGGAAGUGGGUGUCUUCGUCAGUGUUGGGACAGGAAAGCGGCCAAAGGGAAGUGAUAUGAACUCUACUCUUUGGUACGAGGGGUUCAUGGGCGAGUUCGCGGACGCGAGGAGGAAGCUGAUUGCCAAGAUUGAAGGGUGCGAGAAGAUCCACGAGAUGAUGAAGAAGGAGCAUCUGGUAAAGCGCGGCGUCAACAUCGAGAACUACUACCGCUUUAAUGUCGAGGUCGGCGUUGGAGAGUUUGGUAUGAACGAGUGGCACAGGUUAUCCGACAUCAGCACAAACACUAGGCGAUAUUUGCAGCGGGACGAGGAACAGAGAAUGGUGCAGGGCGCAUCCGCCAAGCUUGCAAAAAUCCACUUCGCAAAGCAGCGAUGGGAGCGCGCCAGCAGCACCAGCAAUGGCCCUGGCCCUAUUCCCGAGUUAAUCAAGACCACACCCAGCUUUUCCAUGCCCCUAGCCGUCGAACUACCCGGCGACAUGCCAACCUACCCUCCCCAGCGACUCGGCACGCCGCCAAGCCGACAAUCCUACGAAUCCGGCUUCGACGCACUUUCCGUCCCUGGACAAAGCGUCAACGGCAUCAGCACACCCUCGCCUAGAUCCUCAGCCGAGCGCGUCCACUCUGCAAAAAGCAGUAGUAGCCACCUAGCGCCCAGUCGCCCGGCCCCCGCCGUCCCUCCUCCAGUCCCAUCCGGGACUAACGACACAGACAAAUUCGUCGCCAUGGCCCCAACCCCUUCAGAGUGGCGAAACGCCUCAGGGCAAGAUAAGAUCGCCAUCGUCACCGAAGACGAUCAGCCCAGGCACCCGCAAUAUCCCGGGUACCAGAACCAGCAGCAGCAUUAUCAGCAGCAAUUUCAGUAUCCGCCGAGGAUAGAGCCGCCACCGCUUCCGCCCAAGACGCCGCUGUCCUCGGCGGACGGACUGAUCUCGCCGGUUAGUCCUACUGGCAGGAAGAAUACCCUGCCGGCUGGGUAUGUGCCGUAUCCGAUUGAUGACGAUGAGGAGCCGCCUGUUGUGAAUAUGGCGAGGAAACCUAAUUAUAAUGUGAGGUGA